AUGAAUGAAUCCUCCACCAGGGAUACUUUAACUUUCACAGUUUAUUUGGACAUAGGCUCAGCCAGAUAUGUAUUACUUGCUAUUGUUAUCUUGAUAUACCUUGCCACUGUACUAGCCAAUGUUACUCUCAUGCUGUUGAUUUUCCUAGAUACAUCCCUACACAAGCCUAUGUAUAUAUUUGUAUUUAGUUUAAUCUUAAAUGGGCUGAUAGGGAGUACUGCUGUUUGGCCAAUGGUUAUGAAGAUAUUAUUGACAAACACCCCUCUGAUCUCAUAUGAAGGAUGUCUCAUCCAAACGUUUAUCAUUAUAACCUAUGGAGCUUGCACCUACUCCAUGUUGACAGUGAUGGCUUAUGACAGAUUUGUGUCCAUAUUUAAGCCUUUGCAGUACCAUACCAUCAUGACCCCAAAGAAAGUAAUGCAGCUGUUGUUUGUUGCAAACUUCAGUCCUACAGCUUUAAUGUUUUUCCAAAUAUGCCUAUCUUCUCAGCUAACAUUGUGCAGAUACAAAAUCAAUAAGUUAUACUGUGAUAAUUUAGCCAUUACCCGGUUAUCAUGUGGUGACAGUCAAGCCAUUAAACAUCAAGUUAGCAACCUAUAUGGUAUAGUUAACAUUAUACUUAUUGUAGCCCUGCCAGUAGUUCUCAUUUUGUUGUCGUAUGUUAAAAUUAUAAUGCUCAGCUUCAAAGCUUCAAGGAACGCAAGACAGAAAACAUUUGAAACCUGCUUUCCACACAUUAUCAUUUUUAUAAAUUUCUCACUGGUAACACUGUUCUCUCUCCUAUAUAACCGCUUCAAUGAGUACUUACCAGGACAGGUCAACAUUCUCAACUCAAUCAAUUAUAUUCUUGUUCCACCAUUGUUGCAUCCAAUAAUAUAUGGUUUAAAAACACAGGAAAUAAGACAAAGGUUCUCAAGAGCCUGGAGAAAAACUGUUCGCAAUCAUGUCAAUUUGCUCUAA